UCUUGUUGUUGUGCUUUUCGAUCGCGGAUGUGUGCUUUUCGAUCUCGCGAUCUCUAAAUUCUUUUGCAAUAACAUAUAUAUAUAUAUAUACGUAUGGCGAUUACAACAACUGCAUAUGCGAUAUAGCAGGUGUGUUCUUUUGUGUACGUGCGUGUGCGAAUAAAUAAUAAUAUAACACGAAAUGAACGAUCAAGAGAAACAACUACAACAACAACAGCUCCAGCUGGAGCAGCACCACUACUAUCAAACCGACUGGAAGACGGUUAAUAGUCAUGGAAAUUCGUUAUCAGACAGCCGGGAUUAUGAGACGAACUCGUCGCGCAAUUCGCUAUCCGGUUCCCCGCCGGCCGUUUCGAGUUCCUCGUGCGCUGGUUCCUUGGAUUUCGAUAAGUCCCUGGCCCAAAUGCUCACACCAAAACCUGAAACAGAUGGACUGGGCAUCAUCCACGGCGAUAACUACAGCAUCUACGGCAGCCAGGCAACGGAAUCCACCAGUGGCGAGCAACAGGUGCUUAACUUGGGUCUAACCCUCGACUCAGAUGACGUUCAGAACAGCUACAGUGCCCUGUUCCCACAGGAGCAGCAACCAAACACACAGACUCACCUGGCACAUCCACAAUUAGUUGCCGCGGAAGGCGAACACGUUUUCCAGAUCACGGACCAACUAACGCCCAUGCCCAUCACGGUCAUACCCAUCACAUACCAUCAUGCCACCGAAAAUCUUAGCUCCAGCCAUGCUGAAGUUCCCCUGAUAGCCAGUCUAAGUGAGAGCACCGCUCAGGUGUUCAAUCUGGAUGACAUCUGCUUCACGCUGGAAUACCAGUUCGAGAACCAGAAGCUCGUCCAAGUCCAACCACCCACCGUGGUCUCCCUCAGCAUGGUCUCCACCUCGAACGAGGCUCCGAUUCCCACAAUCAACUGUGAUAAUGUCCAGGGAAAUGUGAACAACAACUCCAGAAGCUCGGAUUCCAACUCCCCAGCUUAUUUCACUAUCGAGACGAGCUAUGUGGAUGAGUACAAUCCAAAUGAGGCGGACGAGGACGAGCAGCUGGCCCACUGCAUCCAACCGGGCGUUCUCCACCAAGACGUUGAUGAUGAUGAUGAUGAGAACGAGGCUGCCAGGUUCGACGAAAACUAUCAGCACAUGGCAUUGGCCUACGAGAGUUCGGAUGAGGCUCUCAGUCGUUACAAGUGCAACUACGAGAACUGUUAUCGCAGCUAUAGUACGAUUGGAAACCUCCGAACGCAUUUGAAGACGCACACAGGCGACUACAGCUUCAAAUGUCCAGAAGAUGGAUGCCAGAAGGCGUUCCUCACGUCCUACAGCCUGAAGAUCCACGUCCGCGUCCACACGAAGGUGAAGCCCUACGAAUGCGAGGUGACCGGCUGCGAUAAGGCGUUCAACACGCGCUACAGAUUGCACGCCCACCUGCGCCUGCACAAUGGCGAGACAUUCAACUGCGAGCUGUGCCAGAAGUGCUUCACCACGUUGAGCGACCUGAAGAAGCAUAUGCGCACCCACACGCAGGAGCGUCCGUACAAGUGUCCCGAGGACGAUUGCGGCAAGGCGUUCACCGCCUCGCAUCACCUGAAAACCCACCGAAGGACGCACACGGGGGAGAAGCCGUAUCCCUGCCAGGAGGACAGCUGCCAGAAGUCGUUUAGCACAUCGCAUAGCUUAAAAUCCCACAAGAAAACACAUCAGCGGCAGUUGCAAAACAAGGGACGCAAGAAGCGACCACUGAAGUCGCAGCAGUCCAAGUCCAAAGAUCAGGAGCAACAGGAUCCCCAGCAGCAAGAAGAGCAGGAGGAAGAGGAGUUCCAGAAGGAGCCAACUGAGAUGAUGUCCCUAAAUGUGGGAAGUAAUUGCUCGGAAAGCACGAGCACGGAUAGUGGAGUUGUGCUGCAAACGCUUCAUCCGCCGCCGGAUCAGCUGUCCAAUGUGUUCAUCCUGCAGGGCGACGAACCUCUGACCCUUCCCGAGACUUCGCAGGCCUAUCAACUGUCCUACGCCGCCGAGGAGGAGAUCCCCAGUCCGUGGAUCGACGCCGGCGUCCUGGUUUCCAAGCCCAUCAUUCCCAUGGCUCCUUUAACGGACGCCUGCGUGGCAUUGCCCACCGAGAUGCCCAGUUUCGUGGACCUGAAGCCGAGCUUUGGCAAUGCAGUGAGUGGAAAUAUGGGUGAACAGCCAGCGGAGAUUAUGGAAGUGGACAACGCAAUGGAUGCUUCACUGCCCACGCCCACUUUGGAGUUGAACCAACAAAAUAUCGAGGAGCUGCUGAAGCAGGACAGCUACGAAAACGAAGAGGACAUGGAAACGGAGUCGCUGCUGAAUGACAUCCUGAUGACCAUCGACAACAACAGCGACCUGUUGCAGGCCACCUUGCAGCAGGCUUCCCAGGUGCCCAGCGAUGCCUCCGGCUUGGUGGAACUGGACAUUCGGGACAACAAGCCAACGCUCAAGCAGAUCACAGCGGAUGCAGGCAUAUGCAAUUGCACCAAUUGCAAGUGUGAUCAAACAAAGAGUUGUCAUGGCGGAGAUUGUGGAGUAGCAGGUGGUCAAAGGAGUCAAAGGACGAAUACUACAACAACAACUGUGAAUUCCAGCGGUGGCAAACGCAUCUGCGGCAGCGUGGCGCCCACCAAAAAAGUGAGUAAACGCGAGGCGGAAAUGAACCAGAACAUCGAGGAUGUUGCUUUGCUGCUGCAGAAUCUGGCUUCCAUGGGCAGCGGCGGCGGCGGUGGUGGCGGCAGUGGAUGCUGCGGAGGUGGUGCAGCUGCCAAGCCAGCUCCAACUGCUGGCGGCUGCUGUGGAGAGCCAAUCAAACCGGAUCCUGUGCCGAGCGGUUGCGGUUGUGCAACCAAGACGAGUGCCCCCUCCUCCUCCGGCGGCUGUUGCGGUGGUGGUGCAAGUGGUGCUGCUGCUGCACAAUCAAGCGGCUGCUGUUCGGGCAAACAGAAAGCAUUGCCACCACCUGCUGCUCCUCCUGCAUCUUCUGGCUGUUGCUCUGGCCAGGGAAGAGUCGCCCUGGAGACGCCCGUCAUCAGCAGCGCCGCCGUUCCCGCAGUGCCCGCUGCCGCCGUCAAGGGCAACGCCUGCACAUGCAAGAGUCCGGCGGAGGGCGUGGCCAACGGUUGCUGCGUGGUCAUCUGCAUUAAAACGCUGCAAGCUCUACGCAAAGUUCUGACGCGCCGGAAUCUAAAUCUAAUGCUUUGUCCACAGCAGAACUAAACUUAGAACUAUAUACUUAUGUACACUAAUCACACAACCUAUAAGAUCAAGUCCACGAACCCACGGAAUCCAAUCAUGUAAUCAAUCAAUCAAGUAUUGUGCCUGUAAAAAGUAUUUUCCUCUAAAGAAACCAAAAGAAACCAAAAUUGUCAGAUUGCAUUUAAGCGAAACGAUUCAAAUAAUUGUGAUUCCAGCUUACAGCUGGCCGCGCUACAAACUUACAAUACAAAAGUUAACCCAUUAUAAUCAUAUUAUAGACUCCAAAGUAUCUAGAACCCAAAGCAGCUUCCGGUGAGCAGAUGGCCAGCUUUUAGCUGACAAAACAUUGCCAUAAAUACGUUGUAGGGAGACAGAUAUGCCCACCUUAUCAGUCAAUACAAUAUGGCAGACAUUGUAGUAUCUGGCCAAUUGAUAAAUACAUACUAUAUGUAUAACCCCACAGUUGAUAAAGUGCCAUAAGCAGCUACUUUUAAUCAAAACCUCUUUCUUGUUUUCGUACUUGUUUAAUAUUUAACACGUUAAAUGAAAAUUAACAGCUAAAAUUUAUUGCUACCCCAGAUCCAAAGAGAUCAUUUAUAUUUAUGGGUGGUUCAAUUGUAUCAAUCUGUAUAGAAUACGUUCUUGUUUCAAUUCGAGUUUAUAACGCUUUUUAUAACAUGCCAAAUAUGAACAUAAACAUGUUUUCUAUUGUUUUCUUAUAUACCCAAACGAAAUAUCAUUUGUAUAAAGUCGAAUAAAACAUAAAACUAAA